AUGGAUUUCUCAAACCGUUGCCGUGGGUGUUUAUCUAACAGUGAAGAAUCUUUGCGCCCAUUGAAUGAUUCACAGGUAUUAGAACUGUUUCAGGAAUGCGUGAGAAUCUCGGUGAGUCUCCGGCCAAGUUUUCCUAAAAAUAUAUGCAAUUCUUGUUACGGAAAAUGUCUAACCUGGAAAAAGUUUCAACAGCAGUGUCAUGAAACUGAUAUAUUGUUAAAUUUCAAACUUCAUAACGAUGAAAAGCAGCAAAAUAACAAGAAUUUACCGGAUACAAAAUCUGCUGUGGAUUCAAAUGAAAAGCAUCAGAUUUUAGAAUGCCUUUUCGACAAUGAAAUACCUAUUCAGACUAACUCAAGACUGAUCGAAGACCAACAAGAAGAAACACAGCAUUGUCUUCAGAGGGAAAUUGAAGUCGAAUUUGAAAUUGAAGAUUACGUACAGGACAAGGAUACGGAAAAUGAGAUUCAGGUUCACGAGACAACACUAUCUACGUUAGAAACUAACGAACUAACCAAAUGUAAACAGAUUGUGAUCGAAAAUACGACCGCAGAGGUUGUUUAUGCGCUUGAGCCGGAAUCAGCGAAACACGAAUCUGUUAAUUUAUACUGCAAGCAAUGUUUGAUGCGAUUUCGGAGUUCUGAUCGAUACCAAGCACAUUUGCGUCAUCACCAAGGACUUAAACCAGAAGUUUGCAAAAUCUGCAAUCAAGAAUUUAGCACAUCCAGAGCAUUGCGCAGCCACAUGUUGAGGCACACAAAUAAUAAAAAAUAUUCCUGCAUUGACUGCGGCAGGACUUACAAAUAUAGCACGUCGUUAACGCUUCAUCGUAAAAGCCACAACGAUGUGGCACGAUUCGUAUGCGAUCUUUGCGGUAAAUCGUUCAUUAGAGCCCAUGGAUUAAAAAGUCACUUAAUUUCACAUUCAACAGAUACUCCUUUUGAAUGUAGUCAGUGUCAAAAAAGGUUCAAGAACGAGAUUAUGCUUCGUAAUCACGUUCUCCGCAGGCACGAUCAAAUGAAAAACUUUUCUUGUCCGAAUUGCGAGAAGAGCUUUACCACUGGAGCGGAACUUCGAAUACACACUCGUAGUCACACCAAUCAAAAACCCUACAAAUGUUCUCAAUGUGACAAAUGUUACAAAACACGUAGUCAUCUAACGGUUCAUUUCCGGGCGGCUCAUACUACAGAACGACCCUACUCGUGCGAUCUUUGUGAGCAGAGUUUUGCCCAUAGCAAGGUUUUGAAACAGCAUCGGUUAAUACACACCAGUGAACGUCCAUAUGCUUGCCCAAUUUGUCAACGUACGUUUCGUCAAAACAGCACAUUAUAUGGACACCUGAAAUCACACAAGUUAGCGGAAUCGAUAAACAUAUUGCCUGAAACGAACUAA